CUUAAAUACGUAAAUACAGAUGGCCUUGCCUAAAAAAGGAGCAACUGUCUCUUUCUAAGUCGCAAUGAGAAAUAAAGAUGAUCCCUCAGCAGUUUCUGAUUGAGAUAAAACACGGAUAUUGAAAUCUGAUUUGAGUGAUGUAGUAGAAGACCUACAAAGGAAGGGUGUUUAGGAAAUGAUGAGGGUUUGAUAGAUAAGAUUAGCGUAGCUACUUACUGCCAGGAAGAGAAAAGUAGCCGAACAUAAGAGAAACCACCGCAUCUGGAUUCGGGAAUAGUACACUGUUGGGGAAGGAACCCACGGGGAGCCAUAUUGGAAUGGGGAGAUAGAAUAUUGAGGCUAUCGGUUGGCUGACAACCUAGAAGUGAUUGUAACAGUAGCACGGAUGCCAAGCGAAGGCCAGUUUUGGAAUGGUGUUUUUGGAGUGAGGGGGUCAACACGUUGGAUCGUCUAGGGUGCUCCUGUACAACACUGGAACGGUCCUGAUCUGCAUCGCAUCAGCAGUUUUGUCUCCUGGUUGGUGGAAUAUGUGGUACUGGUGCUUCUUCCAGAACUGUAUUAAGCAACGGUAUUGCUCGCCUAACUGCGAUAUUUGGCUAUUUACGUCCCUCUUUGUCCUACUGCUGGCCUACUUCCGGAUCCUGAUCUACAUGGAGGACAAGAAGAGGAACCUCACGCUCAGGUACUUCGCCAUCGUUGUCGGAGCAUUGUGUUCAUACUUGGCUUACACUUGUUACACCUGUAACUGCAAUCACAGCAAGACCCCCACCGGGCUUAGUGUCUACAAGAAUAUUACCGUGUUUUAAUGAAGAUGACAUUAGUUGAUUGGUAAUCCUUUAUCAUUAUUAUUAUUACUAUAUAUAAAUUAUUAAAAUUAAACCUCGCAUUCAUUUAACACUAAUUUUAUAUAAUUUAUUUCUUCUUUAAAAUUAUAUGUCGGCGAUAACUACCUGGAAGUUAAGAUAAGCCAAGGUGAUAGGAAUCGAUGUUUAGUUUAGACAUGUUUGAGUUUUUGGUCGCGCAGCUAUAAAACAACCUCCAUGGAGGAAAUCGUGAAAUGUAUAAGAUAUACUUUAUAAAAAUAGAUCCCUUAUUGUUAUUAGUUAUUAAUUAUUUUGUUGAUGUAAUAUAAGGAAGGAUAAAGUUUGGUGGCUGAGUACUUCCUUCAUACAUCUUACUCCCCUUCCCUUCAAAUAUAAAUAUUAAAGAAAAAUAACGGAUGCAUUCGAUGUAUUAAUAAAAAAAUAUUGUAAAUUCUACCAUAGUGAUGACUUUAGACGUAAUGAUGGGAAGUUAAUGCUUGUAGUGAAGGUGGUAGAUAUGUACUUUAUUUUCUUAUAUAAUAUACAA